ACGUCGUUGCGGGCUUCACGAACCGAGUCAGUGGUCGUAUCGAUGAGUGGGUGCUACAACACCCGCAUCUGUGGAAUCAUAUUGAGACUUUCAUGCUUAUCGUCUAUUUGUUAGCUUUCUUCUUUGGUACUGCCUUUGUCUUAACAUUGUCGCCUAUCAGAAGAUACGUUGACCAGCCGACGGUAAAUUUUUCGCAGCCCAUUGAGCCACCGCAAAUACUGCUGUGGUCGCAUUUCGGAUACCCAUGGGAUAAUACGACACUUCCGAGCCACAGAGGAUUCUUGACAUUACCGUGUGUGCCUAACGGUACCAACGUCUGCUACGUCACUAAAAGCCGCGACGACAUCCACAAAAGCGACGCCAUCGUAUUCAACGCUGAGAGCGCUGACUCAGCGGAUUUGCCCUCCGACCGCCGCUGUGACCAGGUAUGGGUGUUUUUGACAAGUGGCUCGCCCCGGCGGCCAAUUCCGAAGGUCCUCUUGCAGUCGACGCCACCAUUCAACUGGACCAUGGCGUUCCGGGAAGACGCCGACAUCGUGGCACCCUACAGGUUAUGGGGCGACACAAGUACCAAUAAUUCUGCAUCGAGUCUUGUAGGGGACUUUGGCGACAAAAUUGUAACUGCCUUUUGGAUGAUUAGCGAGUGUGAGCAAGAAAAAUUGAAACGCACCAGUGGCUCUCCACUUGUCGACAAUCGCUGGAGUGGAACCGAACGUUUCAUAGACUCUGUUCUGCACAACUUCGACGUUAGUCUAAUCAACGACUGCGGGGCCGAGACUUGCGCGUCUACAGACGAAUGCCUGCGUCUGAUGCAACACAUUCAUGUCUUUGUCAUCGUGAUGGAAUCUUCAGCUUGUUUUGGGCACCCGGCCGAAUUGAUCUACGCUUCGUUGAAGUACGACAUUAUACCUGUGCUUUUUGGCGUCGGAAAAUUUAAGCACUCGUUACCACCUAAUGCCUUUGUCGAUACCACAAAUCUUUCUCGUGAGGACGCCAUCAGCGUUCUCAGGAGCAUUAGCAGGUCGCCACAUUUUUACGCUCACUUUAUAGCGAAGCGACGACAUUUUUCUGUUAGCAGGCCACCAAUAUUGUGCGCUUUGUGUAGUGCGAUGUACGCUCCGCCGAAGAAAUCGUGGCACGGUGAUCUUGUACACUGGUGGCAAAGACGUUCAACAUGUUCAUUGAGAACCAGUAAUGGCACUCGUACAUGACAGCUGGCGACUUACAAUAUAUCGUUGCAAUUCGCAAAGUGCUGGUGACGCUAAUGAGUGCUGGUGGUCACGUCUGGCGCCCGCGCUGGAAAUUAUACAUGGAGACAACUUGACAACUUCGCAGAGGCUUGUGUUAAUGUGAAGGCGUUUUGAUGCGAAAGCAUCAAAUGGAACAUAGAGCGAAAAAGCCGGCGUCUGUCAUCUGGACCAGUGAAAAAUGACACCUAAAUUCCCAUUGGCUGCAG